GAGCUAGUUUCCAUCAAAAUAAAUUCAUCUGUCAAAAACAUAUGCGAAUCAAAACAAUUUUUAUUUGGAUUCAACAAGAAAAUACGGAAUCACAUGAUUGUAUACAACUGAUACAUUUCUAUUAAACAUCUUAAAUUUCUUAUAUACACACGAUCUUUGUAUGAUACCUGUUCAGGAAGACAAUUGUGAGUUUGUUCUUGUAUUUUUGCUCAGGCAACCGAGUAUAGGUAAUUGAAUGGGAGAAACAACAAGAACUAUGAUUUAAUACGCAUUAAGUUGCCCUAAUGUAUUCUCGCGCUAGGUAGCAUUUAUAAAAUGAAUGAAAUAAACAUACGUCCACCACAACAAAGGCAUACAUAUGAGAGAAAAAGUUGUUAGAUCGAAACGUACGUCAUAUAAUAAAAAAAAAUACAAAAUCUGUGUCUGUGGAUUUCAUUGUUUAAGUCCGAAACCAAUCAUACAAAUCCAACCGAUCGAGUAGUGUCAUAACUUUGCCAAGGGGCACAGAAUCACCUGAAUUGUUCCCGUUUAAAAAAAAAACUAAGCUGAAUAUUUCUUUGUGAAAUAGUGUCAAUAGUAUGAACAAGUUCUUUUCGCUGCAUUUCAUUUAAAUUAGUUCAAACUUUAUUAAAUCUGAUUGCAAAAUGUUGUAAAAUUUUACGUAAAAAUUGGAAAAUUUUAAUUAAAUUUACGUAUGUUGGCAAUUGUGCAUUGCGGAAAAAGAUAAAGCAAGGUGUUGAAAUUGUGAACUGAAACGUCGUGUGUGUGUGUGAGAUCUUGAGGCAAAGGGUGAAUGAUGCUAUCGAAUAUGUCGUCAGAACAUUGUGGACCCAGCUAUGCAGAUCUCCCAAUGGAGAUAAUUCUGCAAAUUAUGAGCUACUUGAAUCCGGGCGAUGUGUUGGAGGCGAGCUUAACAUGUCGACGCUGGUUUAAUGCUUCAUUACAUCCGAAGUUUAUGUCUCGCAUUCAAAUUCAUUUUGAUAAAUUACAAUUGAAUGAUACUCAUGAUCCAUCGUCGCCACUAAACGCAUUUGCCGAAUCAAUGCGAUAUUAUACAAAAAUUUACUUGAACCAAGUGGAUCUGGAUCAGGCAAAUCUGGAAUUUUGGCAUCGAUUUGGUGCACAAUUCAUUGAAAUUGUAUUCAAUUCGUGCGAUCUGCGAGAGAAAACAUUCAACGCAAUCCUCAAACAGUUAACCAAUUUAGAAUCAUUGCAAAUCAACUCAUGUCGCGAGCUAUUUAUGUCCGGACGUUUAUUUAAAAAUGCAUGUGAUCGCGAAGCGAUUGGCGCGGCAUGUGUGAAUGUAAAACGCAUUAGCCUUUGUAAUAAUCGUUAUUUAUCGGAUGCAUUGUUUAGCCGAAUCGUUUCCACUAUGAAAAAUAUCCAAUAUUUAAAUUUAUCCGGCUGUCAUAUCUCAUUCCACAAUGCACUUUAUCGCAAAUUUUAUCCGGAAUAUGUGCAUGAUGCGAGUGAAAGUGUGCUCACCUUUCGUUACAUUAUACAGUUCAUUGAAUUUCAAGCAAAUCACCUCAGAUACCUUGAUUUUAGCGAAACGCUUAUCGAUGGCAAUGCCCUCACAACGAUGGCUCAAGUAAAUAACUUAAAAUUGGAACAAUUGGAUUUGAGAUCAUGCGAUCAGUUAACAUCAGUUGGAAUAUGUUCAUUUGUUCGCUUCCAAAGUGGAUUAGUAUCGUUGGAUCUCUCUCAUUCAGUGCGAUUGACCGAUCCAAGCGUAUUGGAAAUAUGCCGAACGCUAACACAAUUGAAAACAUUGAAAAUUCGCCGUUGCAGAGCCAUCACCGAUCAGAGUAUAAAAGAGAUUCGUUUACUGAAACAUCUGGAGUGUUUGGAUAUUUCGGAAUGUGAUGCAAUCACAAGUAAAGGAUUCAUUGAGGGAAUCGCAAAUCAACCAAACGAUUGUAUGAUCGAGCUGCACGUUAGUGCCUUGAAUAUUUGUGAAUUGGCUGUUAUCAAAGUAGCCGAAUCUCUGCCGAGCCUUCGAUUGCUGGAUUUGAGUUUUUGUAAAAAUGCCGUCACCAAUUUGGCAGUGCAAAUUAUUUUCAAACAUUUGACCAAACUGAGGACGUUGAACCUAGAGUUUUGUGAUAUGAUAUCCGAUGCAGGCAUCACAGGAAUGGAAAUGCAAUUGCAAGUGGAAAAGUAUGAACAAAUGUUGAAUCGUAAACAGAGUGACAGUGUGGCGAAAAGUUUAAGUGAAUCGAAUUUCCAUAUGGUUGAUGAUGCACAAGAGAAUAAUGAUGAAGUUGAUCAGCCCAUCGAAGAGUUACAACAUGAACCGAUGAUGAAUCACCGCCAUUCACAUCCGUUUCACAUUUCAUUACGCAGCCGAGCCGAGGAAGAUAUUGUUAACGAUGCAAAACGAAAGAAAAUUAUGCUGUAUAUGUGCGAGCAACCGCUCAACAAAGAGCAGAUAAAUUGUAGCCCAUAUUCGAUAGUACGUUUAAAAGGGUUACGCCAUCUGAAUGUAGCGUCAUGUAAUCGCAUUAGCGAUGUAUCAUUGAAAUAUGCAUUUGAUUUCAUUGAAUUGGAAACGUUAAGCCUAUCAAAAUGCCAGCAAGUCUCUGCUAUUGGCAUCGAGUGUGUCCUUGUUAAAUGUCCUUCCAUUAAGGUCUUUAACCUUUCCGAUUGUCACAAUUUAACUGAUCAUGCAAUUUUGAUGAUUUCAUCACAAAUGAAGCGCCUUACACAUUUGCAUAUCGAACGCUGCAGCCAGUUGACUGAUACCACUUUAGAUUACAUUGCAUUAAAUUGUAAACGCUUGAAAUUACUAGAUGUUCGUGGUUGUCGGUCGAUGAGCUCAGAGCCAAAUUUGCGGCUCGAGAAUCUACGUUCAUUGCAACAAAUUUUAAUGAGCAAACCUGGUCCGUACAUGACUCCAUUUGGUAAACAGCCAAAGGCACCACCAAUGCCAUCAGCGUUUUGAUCACAGUGCUAUAUUUUUAAAGUACUUUUAUUUAAUAUUAUCGUUCUUGCUAUUGUGCUUAUUUGCUUGUUUUCAAUUUGAAGAGAGUAUUUUGUGAAUUGGCUUCCGAAAAUUAACACUUAAAUUUUUGAUUGUGAUGCUUAUAAGAAUCAGAACUAACUUUUAUUUAAAAAUAAAUAUUGAAUUAUGAAAAUUAUUGUUGCUAGUUUUUAUUGAAGUUUUUAUAGUGCCAACGAUAAAUUAUUUAAAUUAAGUAAAAUUGUAAAGUAAAACAUUCAUUGUUAAUACGCUGUACAAUACAAUGAAAUGAAGUACAGUAAUUUUCAAUGAAAUUAUACUUUGUCAUCAUUUAUUAUUUAUUAUUUAUUAUCUUGCAUCAGAUUAAAAUCUUCUUUGAAUUGUGAUUAAAUAAAGUCAAUAGAGAUUAGUUGUUCAAUCGAACUUAAUUGAAUGUUUAAUCAAUCGAUAAACAUUGGUAGAUUUUGCUUAAAAUAUUUCAUGAUGAAUUUCGUUUUUUCUUCUAAAACUUCCUUUAGGGCACUAUUUCCAAGGCGCACGAUUACAAUCUUUUUGAAAUCGUCCAUUGAUUGUUGCCUUGGAUUCUAUCUUCGUAUAAAAACAAUCGAAGAUGAUUGGAAUAAUUGUCCAUCGAUUUAUAAUCGUGCGCCUUGGAAAAAGUGCCUUAAACUUUAACGAAAAAAAGAAAACGUUUAAAUUAUAAUUUUUUUUUGGUCGAUUUAAUUUAUAUUUUAUUUUAAAAAAGAUGACAGUAUUCGAGCAAACAGAAAAUCUCUCGCCAAAAAUUUAAGUAAUGGUGCUGUAUUAUUAGUAUAUAAACGUGUAUAUAAAUUGAACAAGUCAGAACAAAUAAACUAAAAGUAUCCAA